AUGUGGGUCUGCGCCGUGUUUGUGGAUCCGAUCUUUGCCGGGUGUUGCGCUUGGAUCUGGGUUCCUGCCCGCAUGGCGUAUGGCUACAUGUACCGCGUCAGCCCGAGCCGGAACCGGCUGAUGUGGGCCACGGUGCCCGCCUACUUGGCCCAGGCCACCGUCUGUGGAGGUAUCCUGAGCUCCGCACUGCCUUUAGCCCCUGUUGCGGCCGGGACCACGUCCGCACUCAUCGUUGUGGCCUUCGGAGUCUAUGGCUGGCUGGUCUACCGCCCCUGGUUUG